UCGUUCUCACUUCAUCUUCCUCCUCCUCUCCUUUUAACAUCACCAGAACUGUCAAAGAUCAUAACCUCUUCAUUCUCUUCGUUGGGCCUCUAUCGCAAUUGCACCCGUGCCCUCUUAAACGCUUGUUUGUGGUGGUGCGGUGAGCUUUCAUCAUCCCUUGGUCCUCCGUUGUCUCUCUAUCGCGACAUG